GCAUUAAUGGAAGCUUCCAUGUCCCAAACCUCGCACCAGUGAGUAAGAGCUUCUUCCAGAAGCUUUUAGAGCCCGAAUUCAACUUGCCAACGUUAGUUCACAGAAACUGGAAAUGCCAUCCGAACCAAGCUUUGUUCAAUGCUCUAACUUGCUUUUCACGGUAGAAACCCUAAUUUUGGUUUUGUGUAAUUGCAUUGAACAAAGUUUGGUUCGGAUGGCAUUUCCAGUUUCCUGAACUAACGUUGGCAAGUUGAAUUUGGGCUCUAAAAGCUUCUAGAAGAAGCUCUUACUCACUGGUGCGAGGUUUGGGACAUGAAAGCUUCCAUUAAUGCCGUGGAGCAUCUUCUGCAGUACCGAUUCAAGGACAAGAGGCUUCUGGAAGAAGCUCUGACUCACCCUUCCUAUGCCGAUUUGCCCUCUUAUCAGCGUCUGGAGUUCCUGGGCGACAUGGCUCUAGGAAUGGUCGUCUCGAAUUUCAUCUUCUUAACCUAUCCACGCCUUGACCCCGGCCAACUCUCCCUUCUGCGCAACAUCAGCACCAAGAAGCUCGCUUGAGUAUCAGUUGAUAAUGGUCUCUUUAGACAUUUCCAACACAGUUCUUCUGUCAUUGAUGAAAAAGUUACGGAGUUUGUGAUGACGGUCCGAGAAGAGGACGAGGCCCAGUUUUAUGGCAGAGCUAUCAAAGCUCCCAAAAUUCUUGCCGACAUUGUAGAAUCCAUAGCCGGAGCCGUGUACGUGGAUAGUCUGUUCAAUUUGGAGAAUCUUUGGCUGCUUUAACACUACAUAUUAGAAUAUAUUUAGAAUUAUGAGGUCAAUAUGAAACAAAAUUUAAUUUUUUCGUAAGUUUAUUUCAACUUUGUUGAUUUAUUGUUUAAAAGUUGUCAAUGGUUUGAGGUCUCAUCACUGCUUUAUGUCAUGUGUGUAAGUAAGUCAUGUAUAUGAAUUGAUCUUCAUUUAAAUUUUCUUUAAAUGAUUCAGGUCAAGUUCCCUAAUGGUUUGCCCCCACCUCCAUCUCGAAAAAAAAGAGAGAAACUUAUGAAGCUGGAACCACAACUAAAGAGGCUACUCCCAGGCUUAUAAUGCCAAAUUAGAAGGCAACUCUAGAAUCUCAGAUGGCACCAACGACAUUAGUGCAAAGAUUGACUUGCCUUGGACAAAAUUGGGGCUUUCAUCAAACGAUGUUGAUCGAGGUGGCUGGGCUAGCAGCACCCCGGAUGGUGGCAGCAUGGAGCUUUGUAUGAUCAGUACAUGGGAGAUGAAAGCGCCGGUGCUGUAGAACUUUUUCUCAUUUACUUAUAUGUUUACCUUUGGAGCUUGCUUGCAAUUGGCUAUAUGGGAAUAUCAUAACUCUUGGAGCUAGCUUGGAAAUGGUGAAAUGACGUUUAUGGUUCUUGAGUUGUGGAAAGCAUAAGGGUGAUGUACAAUGGUUUCUUAGACAAUUGUAAUUUGUUAUUGUACUUUGGAGUCAACUUAGGCUACCAACUUCAAGGUUUUCACUUGAGAAAUGAAGUGAGAGGAAUCCAAGGUUAUUACAAUUGGCCUCUUUAAUAGUUGUUUCUUGAAGAGAAAGUUAACAUCUUGCAGGUUUCAAAUGUUUGGAAGUGAGCAAAGUGAGAAGAGUCCAGUUAUUGCAGACACUAUUGCCCGUAGCUAGCUUUGGAUUGCCCUUUGACUUAAUUUUAUAAUUAUAAUUAAGGGUAUUAGGUUUC